AUGAUUAAACAUCCCACACAUCGAAUUCCAGGACCACAAUCAACUCCUGUACUAACGACAAGUGGUGAUGGUGAUCCUUUAGGAACCUCACGUAGCACUGAAUUUUCAAUUCUUGUAUCACAAGAAAGAGAACUACCCUCUAAUCAUCGUGAUAUAUCAAAAGUUAGAAAAGUCAAAACAAAUUGUUGCAGUACCGACACUUGGUUAGAUGAUGAUAAUGAUCCUACAAGUUGUUUUUGGUGUGCCUUUGUUUUAAUUUUUGUCUUAAUUGUUGCAACUAUUGGAUAUUUUGUACUUUAUGCGGAUAUAAAACAUCAAGUCGAUAUUCAAUAUUUUGAAGUAAAACCUUGCCCUCCUUCCAUUUUCCUAACCUGUCCACAAGAGGGAUCAUUGUGUUUACCUUGUUCACAAGGAGAGAGAUUAUGUAUGUAUCAUUUUGAAGAAUGUCUAAGGUAUUACUGUGUUUCACAGAAUUUGACUUGUGGAUUGAAAUGA